UCGCCUGGAGUUCGGGCAGUCUUACUCAGACCAACGUGCAGAGAAGCCUGACAGAUGGCAGUGUGAAAGGUGUGACCAAAAGUGACAAGGUGUUGAACGCGAAGUUAAGUGGUAAUAUAAAUGCGUGCAGACAGUCUGUGGCGAUGGCUGUGGUGCCAAAAUUGUUUGUAGUGUGUCCCACUUUGGUGUUUGUGUUACUUGGUUGCUGUGGCAGGAUAACAGGACAAGUUGUGAAAUGUGGACAUCCAGCGGUGCCUGUAAACGCCCGUGUGUCCCUGUCGAAUCCAGACCUGACACCGGGCACUGCAGCCACCCACACAUGCGAUGAGGGCUACGAGCUCUUUGGAACUCCGACUUUGGUGUGUUCGUCCUCAGGAACUUGGCAAGGAGAUCUCCCAUACUGCGGAACAAACAUAGCUUUCCGGAAGCCAGCGAACCAGUCGACGACGGUGCGUGGCGGAGCGGCUAGCAAUGGCAACGACGGGGAGAGCACGACAGUGCAUGACGGCAAACGAUGCACGGAGACGAUGAAGGAAGCGUCUCCCUGGUGGAUGGUUGACCUGCUCCGACCCUACCCCGUCGGCGUGGUUCGAAUCACCACGCGUGGCUGCUGUGGUCACCAGCCACUGAAGGACAUUGAGAUCCGGGUGGGAAACAGCAGUACCGACCUUCAGAGGAACCCACUGUGUGCUUGGUUCCCCGGAACGAUAGAGGAAGGCGUUACCAAGACGUUCACAUGUGCCCGCAUGCUGACUGGCCAACACGUGUUCGUACAGCUGGUGGGAGUUGAAGGGUCUCUCUCAGUUUGCGAAGUGGAAGUGUUUACAACUGACGAGUUCUCGAACGACCGCUGCGUGCCGUCUGGUGCGGCAGAUGACGUUGAACUGUCAGCGUUCGACCGCACCUGUUACGAAUUCAGCGUGGGCCGCGGAGGUUCAUUCGAAGAGGCGAGAAGCCAUUGCAAGAAGCAUGGAGGCGAUUUGGUGCAUGGACUGAAAGGAGCAACAUCCAGCUUCUUGCUGGCUGAACUCGAGCGUCGUAAACCAAGCCUCAAAACUCAGCUGGUGUGGAUCGGAGCGCAACGCGAACCGGGGUUUACAUCCAGGACGUGGAGAUGGGUUGACGGAGAGAUGGUGGCGAAGCCGGCGUGGGGAAAGGACCAGCCGAAUAAUUACAACGGUGAGCAGAACUGCGUAGUACUGGAUGGAGGACGCAACUGGCAAUGGAAUGACGUGGGUUGUAACCUGGAUUAUCUCCAUUGGAUAUGUCAGCACACCCCAACUUCAUGCGGCAGUCCCGACAAGCUAGUCAACACCACCAUCUCGGGUUCCAACUUCAGUGUUGGCGCCACAAUCAGCUACCGGUGCCCCGAGGGUCACAUGUUGGUCGGUGGGGAAAACCGCACCUGUACAGAGAAAGGCUUCUGGUCUGGUCACGCGCCCACUUGCAAAUAUGUUGACUGUGGGCCCCUACCUGGUCUGGAACAUGGAUAUGUAAACCUGAAGGACAAGAGAACCACACACGGUGCUUCAGCAGAGUUCACAUGCCACGAGAACUACACCCUCAUCGGGAGGGAGAGACGGACAUGCCAAGAUGAUGGGCAGUGGAGUGACAACCAGCCGCAGUGCCUCUUUGAUUGGUGUCCUGAACCACCAAUGGUGCAAGGCGGUAGUGUACAAACUUCUGGACACCGUGCAGGAUCUACUGCCACCUAUUCCUGUCAAAAUGGCUAUAUAAUGUCUGGACAGCCGGUGCUGUCAUGUGGACUAGGAGGAGAGUGGUCAGGCAAGGCACCAACAUGUAAAUACAUAGACUGUGGGGCUCCUCCCAACAUUGACAAUGGUCGCUAUGAACUCCUGAACAGAACCACAACAUAUGGUAGCUUGAUUGAGUACUCCUGUCAGGAGGACUACUGGUUGGAUGGCACCGAGAAGCAGAUGUGUACUCGGGAGGGCAAGUGGUCUGCUGACACUCCAGCAUGCGUCUUGAUCACCUGUGUCGAACCAGAGCUGCCAACUGGCAGUUAUGUUGUAGGAUAUGACUUCAAUGUGCAUUCAUCAAUUGAAUAUAAUUGUGAGGUGGGUCACAUUUUGAGGGGAGAGGCCACGCAUGAGUGCACCAUGCAGGGCGAGUGGUCUGGGGAGACACCCACUUGCGAGUAUGUUGACUGCGGUAAGGUAACUCAACUGCUGUAUGGCUCCGUUACAUACGUAAAUGGCACCACAUAUCUUGGUAGUAAACUAUCAUACAGCUGUGUUAAGAGCUAUAAACUUGUGGGUGCUACAUCCAGGCAGUGUCUAGAGAAUGGCCAGUGGAGUGAAGAGUCACCUCGGUGUGAGGAGAUUCGAUGUCCUGAGCCUGUCUUGGCAGAGCAUAGCAUAUUGUCUGUGACAGGCAAUGACCGGGUAUAUGGGCGCACUCUGAUCCGAACAGCAGAUUCUGGCACAUCGCUCACUACUUACAAGAUUGGAUCACUGGUGAAGUAUCGCUGUGAAAGAGGUUACAAGGUGAUUGGUGAGCCACUCAGUACCUGUGAGGAUACAGGCCAAUGGAGUGGAGAUGUGCCUCAGUGUGUCUUUGUGGACUGCAAAGAACCUGAGAUGUUACAGCAUGGCAAGUACACACUUGCAUCCAAUGCAACAUACUAUGGAGCAGCUGUUCUUUACGAAUGUGAAUCAAACUAUGAACUGGAUGGACAUGGACGACGGCUCUGCCUUGAAAAUGGUACCUGGUCAUCUGAAACACCACAGUGCAAGGAGAUACUAUGCGGACAUCCUGAAAAGAAUGAUGAUAUGACAGUGCAAGUAAUGACCCGCAGCAUUGGAGGAAUUGCCCACUAUUCAUGUCCUCGAGGACAGUACAUGCUGGGCAACUCAACAAGAACCUGCCUGAAGAAGGGCACCUGGAGUGGAUUAAUGCCUGUAUGCAAAUAUGUGGACUGCAAACACCCUGGAAGCAUAGAAAAUGGCCGUGUGAUUGUGAUGAAUCAGACUACAACAUAUAACAGUGCUGUGGAGUAUCACUGUGUGCCCAACUAUGAGCGUAUUGGACCAUAUUUGAGAAAAUGUAUGGAGGAUGGCACGUGGUCUGGUGAGGAGCCACGGUGUGAAAUGACCACAGGAGAGGCAAACGAACCGCAGAAUCUAGGCAUGUCGAUUGGUAUUGGAGCUGGAGUGAUUUUGUUCCUCCUCAUUAUUGUGGGACUAAUCUAUUUAAGGCUACGAAAAGCAACCCCAGUGAAGAACACAGAGAAUGUUGAAGGUGCUGUACGAAAAGAGGACCAAAACGCUGCAGUUAUGUCUUACGCAACACUAAAUGAUGGUAACAGUUAUGGUAUGCCAAAUCAUUCCAAUAUUUAUGAGAAUAUUCACGAAGACAAUAUGUAUGAUGCACCUUAUGAAGAAACAUCACAUCGUUCUCAUCACUAUGAACCUACACCAAUCAGCAGGGGAACAAUGAGACCAAUGGUCACAAUAAAUGGUGUGGCAGUUCGCUGAGAUGAGACUGGCAUAAGUGAUUUUUAUAAGAAUCACAUAAACUACCAAACUUAUUUAUGUAUUAAAUUGGGCAGAAAAACUUGAUGUUCAUUUUAAUUUUAUUGAGACAAUGGAAGACCAUAGUUUUUAAUGCAAUGCUUCAUCCUAGAAAACCUAGAAAAUUCAGUAUUUGUAAACUACUUAUGUUUUCUAAGGAAGACAGACCAAAACUGCUCCCAAGGUAUAAUGCAGUGUUCAAGACUGUGUGAAAUAACCAGUUUCAUGAAUGAGUGUAUGUACAUAUGAAUAUUAUGUAGAAAUAUUUUGUAUAAUAGCUGUUUGACUGUGUGUGAAUAAAGAUGGUUUGUUACCUUGUA